AUGUCACUAAGAAAUAUAUCAACGGUCACAAAAAACCUAAGAUUAACAGCAAAAUGCUUUACCCCAAAGAGCUCACCUACAUCAACAACCAUCCCAGUUAUAAAAGAUGCUAGUACUACUCAUUAUCGUAGAAUGUCUACCAUAAACAACUUUACAAGCUUAAACGGAUAUUCUUCAGUUUCUAAAACUGUCCAUGAUAAGCCCAUUGUUAUCUGCACAGAUAACGAAGAGGUGGAGACUGUAUCGGAGCACGUGAAAGUUUAA